CCCGGAUACCAGCAGGCAAGUCCCCCGCAGGAACUCCGAGAGUUCGAGAAUUGAGACUACGAAUCAUGGAUCUUCUCCGCGGAGCGUACUUGACUGCUUCAGAUGACGACGACGACGACGACAAGAAUGGUGCAUCCAACCGUCAAAGCCUGGGCCUUUCUUCUCUGAAACGUCACAAACCCGAUAAUUCGUUUUCCUUUACCCAACCCGAGCACUGCGCUUAUCCCUCCACCGGACUCUAUUCUUCUAUGCCUCGCUUAAACCAGCCCUCGGAUUUCCAAUUCCCAAGACAAGCUCCGGCCCCAGGCAGAUAUAUAUCCAAGAGAGAGAGAGCUCUCUUGGGUUCGGCCACUAGGAUUCCCGACGCGAAUUCGAAUACACCUGCCACCACGGCAUCGCCUGUCUGGGGGAGUAUUUCAGAUUCCAAUCUACCCCAUCACAUAACGUCGUCAUUGAGACAUCAAGCAGGGAGCCAUUCGCAAGUAGGCCGAAUAUGUGAAAGGCUAACUGUAGGUUUGCAUGGCCAUACAAAGGCCAUCAAUGCUAUACAUUGGUCACCAAACCAUGCCCAUCUUCUUGCUUCUGCCAGUAUGGAUCGCACGAUCUGCAUAUGGAAUGUGUGGAACGGAGAUCAGAAGAAAGCACGUGUGUUAAGCUUUCACAAUGCAGCAGUGAAAGAUGUGAAGUGGUCCCUGCAAGGAUGUUCUGUGCUUUCUUGUGGAUAUGAUGGCUCAUCAAGGCUAACUGAUAUUGAAAAGGGAAUAGAAACUCAGGUUUUCCAGGAGGAUCAAGUGGUUGGAGUUGUAAAGUUCCAUCCAGACAAUUCCAACCUCUUCCUUUCUGGGGGAGCAAAGGGUCGUCUUAGGUUAUGGGAUCUUAGAAGUGGCAAGGUGGUCCAUGAAUAUAUCCGAAGCCUAGGUCCAAUCCUUGAUGUUGACUUUGCGAUAAAUGGAAAGCAGUUUAUCUCUUCGAGUGAUGUAUCCGGAACCAAUGUCAGUGAAAAUUCUAUUAUUGUUUGGGAUGUCUCACGCCAGGUUCCCCUGUCUAAUCAGGUGUAUGUGGAAGCCUACACCUGUCCGUGUGUUAGGUUCCACCCAUUUGAUCCAUUCUUCGUUGCCCAGUCAAAUGGAAAUUAUAUUGCAAUCUUCUCUUCAAGCCCCCCUUUCAAGUUGGACAAGUACAGAAGGUAUGAGGGCCAUGGUGUCUCUGGGUUUCCGAUCAAAUGUAAUUUUAGCUUGGAUGGACAGAAGCUUGCUUCUGGCUCAUCGGACGGUUCUAUUUACUUCUACUACUACGGCUCGUCGGAACUUGUCAGGAAACUCAAGGCCUAUGAAGCGGCAUGCGUGGACGUCGCUUUUCAUCCCACCAUGCCUAACGUUAUUGCUUCAUGCAGUUGGAAUGGAGAUGUCUCGGUAUUUGAAUGAUUGCGGCCCAUUUGAGAGUGUUUGUGUUUCGUAGAAAGUUGGGCCGGGAAAAGGGCAGGAAGAAGAAUGUUGAAAGCGUUUAGAACAUGGGGAUUGCCUAGAGAAAACAAAAUAGGUGAAAAGAGACCACCACAUAUGUAGAAGUAAAAUUUCUCCGAUCUCUUUUUCGACUGCUUGGCAACAAUGCUCGAGUGCUUUGCAUCUUUGUUUUAUUCCGUCGUCUAGGAUGUUCGUUAUCGUUUUGACAUGCAACAUGUAGUUGAUGCACGUUUUGGCAAAGGAAAAACGGCGACAAUAAAAUGAAAUGAAGGUGAUAUACGUGUGGAA